AUGAGUCGUGCCUACCGUCAGAUCAUACGCGCUUGCCUCGGGACCUUUUUAUUGUACCUGCUUUACCGUUGUCAUCGCACAAACGACGGCAUUCUUCUCACGACCCCUUCACAAGAUGCAUCCAAAGUCACCUUGAAUAUUGAAAUAAACCCAAACUCACUAUGGAGAAAACUGCCCGUGCGAUACCCAGUUGCUGAAGUGCAGCCACUACCCGUAACACUACCCCAGACGUUACCCAAGGUCCAAUUGGCAGACUCCAAAGUAUCUCGUCUCAACUUGGACCCCCAAACCACCAGACAGAUCGCCUCGCUUGCCUGGGGCGCAGAUGAGCUUGCGCCUCUCAGUAGUAGUUUGAGAAAUAAGUGGGGAUGGGGUGCUACGCUAAUUGACAACCUUGACACACUGUGGAUCAUGGGGAUGCACGAUGAAUUCAAGAAGGCUGUGGCUGCAGUCACACAUAUCAAAUUCGAAGACACACAGUCACCCGAAAUUAAUACCCAUGAACUCAAUAUCCAUUUACUCGGAGGCCUGCUGGCGGCAUUUGAUCUCAGCGCUGAUGCGAAAUUGCUGGGAAAGGCCAUCGAGCUGGGCGAUAUGCUUUAUGCUGCCUUUGAUACUCCGAACAGAAUGCCCAUCAUACAUUGGAACGCACGUAAAGCUGUCCGCCGAGAAGAGCAGCUUGUAGGAGAGAGUGUACUUGGCGCAGAGCUGGGCUCAUUCACAUUGGAAUUCACCAGAUUGUCUCAGAUUACCGGUGACCCAAAGUACUUUGACGCGGCCCAACGAGUUAUGGAAUUGUUCGAUAACAAACAGGACACCACUAAACUCCCAGGCCUGUGGCCUGUCUCCGUGAAUGCUAGAGAAGGGAUUUUCGACGACAAUGUGUUCACAUUGGGCGCUGAAGCAAGCUCACUGUACAAGUCGCUACCCGGGGCGUACGCUUUGCUAGGAGGAAAAGUGCCCAUGUAUCGCAGGAUGUACGAGAAUGUCACGCUCACAGCCGCGGGCCACAAUCUAUUCCGACCAAUGAACCCCGAGGGCAAGGACGUCCUCAUCUCUGGCACUGUUAGAGUGGUCACAGCAGAUAAUGGGAACCAACAAAUACACCUAGAGCCGCAAAUGCAGUACCGGUCUUGUUUUGCGGGUGGUAUGUUCGCACUAGGGGGCGCACUACUCAACAUCCCUGGCCACCAGGAAAUCGCCCAUAAGCUGGUCGAUGGAUGCAUCUGGGCUCACCGGGUCAUUCCGCUUAGGAUUAUGCCCGAAUCCUUUGAUGUGGUUCCAUGUGCAUCGCAGAAAAGCUGCCCGUGGAGCGAAUGGCACUGGAAGCAGGAGGUCUGGAAAAAUGCGAACAGGCUCGAGCCAGAACCAGAUCCGAAUCUCAAUGUCGAUACUUUUAUUAGAGACCAUCGUCUGCCCAAAGGGUUCACGGGAAUCUCGGACACUGCUUAUAACCUGCGCCCGGAAGUGAUCGAGAGUAUCUUUACUCUCUACCGCGUCAGUGGUCGUGAAGAUCUACUCGAUGCAGCUUGGGAUAUGUUCCAGGCAAUGCAAAGUGCAACGCAGACGAAGAAUGGAAAUGCGGCUAUUGGCGAUGUCACGGAUGAGGGUGGUGAAAUGACUCUCAAAGACUCGAUGGACGGCAUGUGGAUGUCGCAGACGCUCAAAUAUUUCUACCUCAUGUUUAGCCCUCCGGACCUGAUCAGUUUGGAUGAGUUUGCUUUUAAUGCCGGAGGACAUCCGCUGAAACGUCCAAAUGAGUAA